CUUGGCAACACCUGGGCGCCCUUUACUAAACGGAUAAAAAAAAUAAACAAUUACAUUAUAUAGCCUAUAGAUCCAUACGGCUGUAUGGAGAGGUUAGUUAAAAUGCGUAACCAUAGACGCGCUAAAGCAAACGUUUAACACCUAUUUUAACAUAAGUUCAGGGUGAAGUUAUAGGCUACAGCGCACUUACAUUAUAAGGCACAGACACCGAGCUGUCAAACAAAGCGACGCAGGAAGCUAGGGAAACGGAGCGCAACGCUUAUUUAAUAGGUUAGUGACUCUUUCCCUCACACACACUCUGAGAUACACAGAGGGAUGGAGAUGUAACAGCCGUGCGAAGGCGGUUUCCACAGCGAUUAAGCAUUUUGGAGGCAGUUUUCAACCGCUGUACAUAGAAGAGAGCAAGACAGAAAACGAUCGACUCGACAAGCCUGGCCGGAGAUGGGCGAAGGAAAACGAGAAUAAAAACAGGACAGAAAAAAGAGGGCAGGACUAUGGCUACCGAAAGUCUGACCGAGCUCCGUGAUUGGCUCUUCCUGCUCCUCCUGUGCCUGACUCUAUUGGCCGAGAUGCUGGAGUUGGCGGCAGCAGCAGUAGCCAUGGAGGAAGGCGAGGAAGACUUCCCGUGCCCGUCGGUGUGCCGGUGUGACGAGGGCUUCGUCUACUGUAACGACCGGGGCCUGAGCAUGAUCCCUCCGCUACCAUUAACAGCUACCGUUCUCUACCUACAGAGUAACCGGUUAGCCAACUCCGGCCUGCCGCCGUCAUUAGAGCGCAGCAGUAGUAUCCGUGUGGUCUACCUUUACGCCAACCAACUAGACGAGUUUCCUAUACACCUGCCACCAUCGCUACGGGAACUACACCUGCAAGACAACAACAUUCGGACAUUGCCGCGCACGGCGUUGGCCAGGUUACCGUUGCUAGAGAGGCUACACCUGGACGACAACUCCAUCUCCACGGUGAGCAUCCAGGAGCGGGCCUUCUCCGGCACGCCGCGGCUGAGGUUACUCUUCCUCUCCCGGAACCACCUGUCCAGCAUCCCAGCCGGCCUCCCGGCUUCUUUAGAGGAGCUGAGGUUAGACGACAACCGCAUCAACACCAUCCCCACCCACGCCUUCCGGGGCCUGGCCUCACUGAGACGCCUGGUCCUGGACGGGAAUCUCCUGGCCAACACUCGCAUCGCGGACGACACCUUCUCCCGCCUGGCCAACCUCACAGAGCUGUCGCUAGUCCGCAAUGCCCUGCAGGCCCCGCCCAUCAACCUGCCCAGCACACACCUGCUGAGGCUGCACCUGCAGGACAACGGGCUGAUCCACGUGCCCCGGGGGACACUUGACGGGAUGAGAAGGCUGCAGAGGCUGGACCUGUCAGGUAACAACCUGACCACUCUGCCCCGGGGGAUGCUGAGGGACACGGAUAGCCUGGAGCUGUUGCUGCUCCGGGGGAACCCCUGGUACUGUGGCUGCAACCUGCGCUGGCUCCACGCCUGGCUGUAUGGCCGCGGAGCGGCGGUGACGGUACGGGGCUUGACCUGCCACGGGCCGGAGGCGGUGCGAGGCCAGGCCCUCAGGGACCUCUCUGGGCUUAUGGGCCAGUGUGAAGGCCCCCCAGGAGGGGUGACCAGUGUGGGGGGUAGAGGAGGAGGAGGAGGUAUGGGACUUGACACUGUCUCUAGUACUACCACCUUCCCCCCGACCCAGGGUUCUCUGUUCACCCUUAGGGCCAUACGGCCGGGCCUGGUGAUGCCGUUACCACCGGGAGGAGAGGCGGGGGGGCACGCCUUACACAACGUUCUAGAACUCACGGUGAAGCAUCUGUCGGCGGACAGUGUGCAGGUGACGUGGCUGUGCCCACGGCCGGCGCCCUCCUUCCGGCUGUCGUGGCUGAGGCUGGGCAGCAGCGCCGCUCUGGGUUCCAUCACAGAGACGCUGGUCCCCGGGGAGAGACAGCAGUACCUACUGACCCAGCUCACGCCACGAUCACACUACCUCAUCUGUCUGCUCCCCCUGCGCUCCUCCUCCUCCCACUCUGGAGGGUCACAGAGGUCACCGCAGCAGGAAAAGGACACAACGGACCAGAGCCCCGUCUGCGCUCAGAUAGAGACGGGGGAGGCUCUGCGCCCCGAGGGGGGAGACAGGGGUGAGGACUCGGACACAGAGAUGGCAGCCCUCCCCCUGGCCGAGAUCAUCGGCGGAGCCACGGCCCUCGUCUCCCUCAUACUCAUCUUCAGCAUCUUCUGCUGGUACGGCCAGCGCGCCGGGUACGUCUCCGGGGAAACAGACUCCUACGGGGUCAGAGGUCAGCGCGGGGUCGGGAAGCCGUACGAUGACUUCGUGGAGUCGGGCACUAAGAAGGACAGCUCCAUCCUGGAGAUCAGAAGCCCCGGCUUCGCCAUGACGCCCAUGACGACCCAUCAGUCACUGCAGCCCAAAGGAGGAGAGGAUGUGACCUACGUGCACACCAUCUUCCCCUCAACGCACAGUAACGGCACCUACCGGAGCAACCAGAGUCACAACAGCAUCAUCACCCAACUGGGUCACACGGCGGGCUACGGGACCAACCGGGGUUUCCGGGAGCAAGGGGUGAUCCCGGAUAUAGACUACACCUACACGUGAUGACAUAAUCUCAGACACACUUCUCCCACCCCCCACCGGUUGGAUGCCGUUCUAAGGAUACGGUUCUAGCAGGCGAUUGGUUGAUCUCCUUGGUUCCAAAGUACCCUCUGUGCCUCCUCAGUUCUGCUCUGAAUCUUAUUGAUCUGUUACUUAGCUGACUGGCUUGGGCUGCUUUGUCCCCACAGGGCCACCAUACAUACCUGUUAACUGGGUGACAGAAGUGCCAGUCAAGUCGUACCACCCCGGGUAUUGACCUACUAUAAAUGUUCAAUGCUUCUCAUGCUUAUACAUUGUUUUGAGGUCUCAGUAUCUUUACAGCUACUGUACUCUUCCUUCUGUUCCAUAUAAGACAGUUAGUAGUUUGAGGAUGAUGUUUAGGCGUAGGCAGACGAUAUAGGCAAUUAUAAACUGGGUGGUUAUUCUGAUUGUCUGAAAGCCAUUGUAUAUCAGACCGUACACCACGGGUAUGACAAAACAUUUAUUUUUACUGCUCUAAUUAAGUUGGUAACCAGUUUAUAAUAACAAUAAGGCACCU